CUCUCUAACUCUCUCUUACCUUUUUAAGGUUCUCAGGGCCACCAUGUCCAUAUUUCAUUUGAUAUUCUUCAUCUGGAUCCUUUUGAUAGUGAAGUGUCUUGUAGCUCUUGGCUCUGCUUCAUGGUGCCAACACCAGUUUCUUGCCCAAACCAAUAGACAAUUUGAGCAGAAGACAGAUAGGUUUUGGGAGUUCAAAGAGCAAACCAACAGCUGGGUUGAAGUUCAAUUGCCCUAUGAUCUGGUGUCUUGUCUUAAUGAUAACUGUACUGUAGUUGGUUCAAUUGAGGGAACAAAUAACAAAGAAAAGCACAUAGAAAACCAAUCUGAUGAUGUUUCAGGAAAGAGGGAGAGGGUAAAAAAGAAUGAUGGUUAUGGAGGAUUGGAGAAGGAGAAUAAUUCUGAUGUGGUUUUGCCUCUGAGAAAGAGAAUUUCUUUGACCAAAAUGUCCGAUAUGUCCAUCUGGGUCACUGGUGAAAGUGGGUCAAUCUAUGAGAGGUUUUGGAAUGGGGUCCAGUGGGUGAUGGCACCCCAUGAUUUGCCAAUAUCAGGAGCUCAUGCAGUCUCUGUUUUUAUUGUCAAUCAUACAAUUCUUGCUCUCUCUGAAUCAGGAAAUCUAUAUCAGAUGAAAAUCAGUGAGAGCUCACAGCCUAUUUGGGUAGACUUUACACCUAUACUCAGUCAAAGCGCAGAUGAAGAAGGAGAACAAAGUUCUGUGAUCUUAAUUAAGUCUGGUCUUGUUUCAUAUGAUGGAGAGAGAGUCUAUUUCUGCACGAAAAAAGGGACUCUGUUAGAACUUAGAGAAAUUGAGCCUCCAAGAUGGGUAGAUCAUGGACAACCUCCUGGUGCAAAUGCUGCAGCAAUAGCUGAUGCUGCUGGUAUUAGAACAGAUGUAAUUUAUACCAUAAGUUCUGCAGGUGAUCUUUAUGAAUAUGAUAGGAGCUCAAAACCGUCAUGGAAGAAGCAUAUAUGGAGAGAAGGAACAGCUUAUGAUGCUUCUCUAAUACCAUUGACAGGGAGUACUUUACAUGGUGCGAGUGGAGAUCAUUCUAUUUCCCUGUUUCUUCUAACAAAGGGUGGUGAACUGGUAGAGAGACGACUGUACCAAAGGAAAUGGAAAUGGGUAGUUUAUGGAAGUCCAAAGGAUCAGCGCCUGACAUCUAUCACACCAGUGCUGCUGCAAGAUGACACAAACGGAAGAUUGUUCUCGUUGUUUUUCACCACAUCCACUGGAUCAGUUUUCGAAUAUCAAAUACCAAGACAAUCAGGUAUUGCUCAAGAGAACCAAAUUCCAGAAGCAUGGGUAAGCCAUAUACAUCCCCUACAUGCAAAUGUUGCCAGAGGUAUUAGUGGACUACAAAUUCAAGUUGGUAGGAUUCUGUUUCCACUGGAUGAUGGAAGACUGGCAGAACUUCAUCUAUCAGGCUUAGGUGGUGAAAACUCUGGUCCAUCUCAUCAAGUAAACUUCCGAAAGAAAGCGGCAGUCAAAUAUUUGUGGUCAAUAUUAGAUGCCCCAGAAUCAGAAGGCUGGAAUGCAGAAUACUGCACAGAACAGCGUGGACCCACAAAUUGCAUCACAGGCGUAAAAGAUGAGCCAAAUGAUUUAGGAAUUGCAAGAACAAUGACAAGAAGGCGAAAAGGAAGCCAGACACAGCAGCAUUACCUAACUCCAGGCACAUCAGGUAGUGGCCCAACAAAACCUUUGGAAGAAUACAGUUUUCCAGACAACUGGCUUAACACAAAUUUCCAUUUGAGAGCGAUGCAUGGAGGCAGAUCAUUUUUCCUCAUAACAGAUGGUGGUUUUACUUUUGAAUAUCUUUAUACUGAAAAUGUAUGGAUGUGGCUGAGGCAUGAGCACUCAACAGCUAUUAAAGGUGCACUAGGAAACUACAAUGGAAGCUUGUAUGUCGUUGACGCAAAUGGCAGUGUGCUUCUAAGGGAAAGGAACAGCAAUGAUCUAGCAUGGAUAAAUUGCACUGCCUUGAGGAAAGGAAGGCAAGUUGUUGGAGGUCCUCCAUGGGAUGGAAUUCCUGGCAGAACUACGAGAGUGACAGCAGAAGACGCCCUCUUCUUUGUGAGCAGAAAUGGCAGAUUACUACAGUUCACGGUUGCCCUGAGGAAGUUCAAAUGGAAAGAUUGCCGAAACCCUCCAAAUAACAAGAUUGCCUCUAUAGUAGAUCAGGAACUGCUCAGGGAAAACAUAGUGUUUGUUGUUGGAAGGAAUGGUCGGCUAUAUCAGUAUAAUAAAGUGACUGAACUGUGGCAUGAGCACUACCAAUCUCAGCAUUUGAUUCUAUCAAGACUGCCUGGAACUGCUAUGAGGCCAUCAUUGCUUUCACUAACAGGUUCACUUUUCAUGCUUUCAGUAGAUGGAGGACUAGUAGAAUACCAUUGGAACACAUUCGAUGGAUGGAAUUGGGUAGAACAUGGAAGUCCACAUAAAGUUGUGACAUUGGUUGGUUCACCCGGUCCAUCCUUUGAAGGAAAUCAACUGUUUCUUAUUGGCUCCAAUGGAAAUGUUUAUCUGAGGUAUAUGGAUGAAAUGACAUGGAGGUGGAAGAACUGCGGUUUCCCUUUUUCGAGAAAUGCGAAUGUUGAAGAUCGAAGAGGUGAGGAAGGAAAUGACAAGGCACAAUUCUGUACCGACGUAGACUUUGCAGCUAGUUCAAAGAAGGAUUAUGAAAGAGUUAAUGACCUAAACAGUGACUGUAAUCAAGAGGUGGCACCAAUACGACCAAUUCCCUUGGCUGAAGAUUCAAUAAUCUUUGAGCUGAAAGAUGGCAGAUUGGCAGAAAUGCGACGAAUAGAAGGCACGCAUUGGAUGUGGUCGCGUAUAAUAGGCACACCUACAAGCUUAUGCACAGCAAGUUACUGGACUGCCUUGGCAUCAUGAAACAGCAGCACAGCACAGCUCUCUAUGUACAAAUCACACAUCAUGUACAGACUACUCUUCUACAAUAUUGCCCUUUUAACGUAGACACAUCACAAGCUACUGUAAAGAAAAUUCACACAUUACCAACAGAACAGUUGUACAAAGCUAUAACUCGAUAGUAAGUUGAAAUAAAACAUUAUAUUCAAUAAAUGAAGGCAUUUUCAUUGUA